ACAAAACCGGGAUAUUUAUUUGUUUGAGAAGAGUAAAAGUAGCUGCACGGCAUGCAUUUUGUUUAGAAGUUAAUUAUAUGCAAUGACAGCAAAAAGAUCUUAACAGCAACCGUUGUUUUAAAUCACCAGGGAUACACAUCAAGAAAGCAAAGGAAGUUAUUUAAUAAACUGGUUUAAGUAGCUCAAGUAUUUAAUAGAGUUUCCUCCUGUAAUAUGAAAACACCCCCUCAGCAUCCUCCUCAGCAUCACUGGUGCCGCUCAGCAUCCCGGAAGUUCAGCAUCAUCUGCUCCUUCAGGAAGACGCAUCAUCGUCAGAGCUUUGACAACAACGGGGACAAGUGGCGAAAACAUCGACCUGUCCAACAGAAACUCCCUCUUUAUCGCAGGUGGAAUUCACGUGAGAAGGCGACGAUGUGACGUUUGUUGGGGUCUGUGCCAGACAUAGUCAUGAUGAUGUGGCCAAUCUCUAUUGGGUGAAGAGGAUCCUUUACUUAAAGGGACAAAUGAAGUGACCAACAGGAAACAAUGUCGUCGUUCCAGGUGGUGGACUCGUCACCGGGCAGCAGUGUCAGCAUCAUGGAAACGUCCAACUUUGCCCACGUCAUCUUCCAGAAUGUGGGGAAGAGUUUCCUGCCCCAGGCACCCCUGGAGUGUCGCUACACCCUGACCCCUUACAUCUCUCCCCACCCGAAAGACUGGGUGGGCAUCUUCAAGGUGGGCUGGAGCACAGCCAGAGAUUACUACACCUUCCUCUGGUCUCCUAUGCCGGAAAACUAUGAACCAGGAAGUACUGUGCACAGGACUGUGGUGUUUCAAGGUUAUUAUGUUCCAAAAUCUGAUGGAGAGUUCUACCAGUUUUGUUAUGUCACGCAUGCUGGUGACAUUCGAGGUGCCAGCACGCCGUUCCAGUUCAGGUCAGCCACGCCCACCGAAGAGCUGCUGACUGUCACCGAGGACGACAGCAACUCUGACAUUCUGGUCGUCACCACCAAAACUGGCCUGCUAGAGCAUGUGGAGGAGGCGCAUCAGGAGCGCAGGGAGCUGAUGAAGGCCAUGCGUCUCCUCCAGGAGGAGAAGCAGCAGCUGCAGGAGGAGCAGAAACGACUGGCGAGAGAGAGGGAGCAGGAGAGGGAGACGUGCUGCCUGCUGCGGACACACAACCAGGAGCUGCUGCGCUCAUCACAGGGCCUGUCGGAGGAGAGGGAGGAGGUGAGGAGGAGGCUGACAGAGGCCACGGAUCGGGUCCGCCAGCUGGAGGAGGACCUGCUGGGAGUCACCCAGAGAGGCCUGCAGAAGGAGACGGAGCUCGAUUGUCUGCGUGACCGCCUGAAGAAGCUGACAGUGGAGAGAGACAGCCUGGAGAGCCAGCUGAAGAACGAGAAGGAUGAGAGAGACCUCUACAAGGCCCACCUUCGCAGCACCGAGCUGGAGAACACUAAGCUGAGUGCAGAGCUGCAGAUGCUGAAGGCAGUGGAGCUGAACCGGGAGGUGACCAUCGCCCAGUUCCAGGAGGAGCUGGACAGGCUCAGGGCCUGUGUUGCCCAGCGGGACAGCCUGGAGAAAGAGCUGCUGACACACAAGGCUGACAAGGCAGAGCUGGCCCGUGUGCGUGAGCUCCUCCGUCAGGCAGAGGAGCAGCUCCAGGCGUCCCGGCAGCAGGCCUCUCUGCUGGCCUCGGAGCUCCGUGACUCAGCCAGCGCCCGCGACCACACGAUGACUGAGCUGUACCGCGCCCGCUUAGAAGCCGACAAGCUCCGUGCCAGUCUGGCCGAUGCUCAGGCCGAGUGCCAGCGCAUGGAGAGCCAGCUAGACCGGAUGAGGAGCGCCGCGCAGAAGGAAGUGGGUGUUGGGACCAGUGGGGAGGUGACACCCAGCAUUUUGGUGGUGUCAGAGGCUGAGGCCGAGCUGCAGAGAGAGGUGGAGGAGCUGAAGCUGCGUCUUCACAUGGCGGCGGAGCACUACAAGGAGAAGUACCGGGAGUGUCAGCGCCUCCGCAGGCAGGUGGCCAAACUAAACACAACUGAGUCACAGGGGGAGCCAAAGAGAAAUGCAUCCACCGAGACGACACAGGAGCCGCUGACCCCGAGUCCAGAGUCACCAACAGCAGGGAAUAUAGCUGCUGCAGUCCUACAAGAAGCCGCCGAGAUGACAAUCACUCCAGAACUUAAGGACAGGGAAUCCACACAUGCCGAUUUAUACAUCAGCGCAGAGGAGGAAGAGGGGCAGAGAGAGAAGGAGAGGGCCGAGGUGGAAGCAGAGGUAGAAGCAAGCCAAGGAGAGAACGAGCAGAGAGAAGAGAAAGAGACGGAGGAGAAGAAGGACAGCCUGCCGGAGGACAGCCUGAGGAUGACGAGCUGGGUCGAGGUGGAGAACGAGAGGCAGAGAGCCCAAGAGAACAGUGAGGAGGAAAUGUCAGGGAAGGAGAGAGUCGAGGAGGAGAAGGACACCCUGGAGGGGAGGAGCAUGGAGGAGGCCGAGAAGGAACAGACUCGCUCGGUGGAGGAGGAGCUGGCGAUGAUGGAGGAGAAAUGGAGGGAGCAGUGUGCAAUCAACGAGACGCUGAAACAGCGGCUGGCCGACGAGGAGGAGCGCUUCAGAGUGCAGAUGGCGGAGCGAGCCAGCGAGGUGACGGAGCUGAAACGUAACCUGGCUCAGGCCCUCAGAGACAAGGAGCAGCUACAGGAGGAGCUGCAGCGCUUCGUGUCCAGGCAGAGGGAGCAGGAAGCCGGGGUUCAGUGUGCUGAGAUGAGGCAGCCGAUGAUGCUGCGCUACCCACUGCCGUACCCCCAGGACCCCUCUCCUCCGCCGCUGGUGCCGCAGAGGCCCGCCGAGCUGCAAUAUGGGAAUCCCUACUCCACCGACACCACGCGAGACCGGGUGGAUGUUGCGCUGUCUCCUGAGCACAUGUCCCGUCCUCCACCUGAGGCCCCACCCUGUGCCCCUCCCUGUGCACCCCCAAUCACGCCCCCGAGUCCCGGCCCAGGGGCACCAGGCUGGGACCAAGAGGUGGUCUGCAUCCAGCCCUCUCGCACCACGACACCCCCCGAGAGCGCUGAGCAUCCACCGCAGGAGCCACGAAAUGCUGCUGACACUGCUGCUCAGCCAGCCUGUGACCAUCAGUCCAGCAGACGAAGUGAAUCCAGGAGCAGCUUCUGCUUCGACUCCAGGACCGACAGCGUUCACAAGCGCUGCCCGUUGUGCGAGGUGAUCUUCCCACCUCACUUCGAGCAGCGCAGCUUCGAGCAGCAUGUGGAGAGCCACUGGAAGGUGUGUCCCGUCUGCUCCGAGCAGUUCCCCCUGAACUGCCAGCAGCAGCUCUUCGAGAGGCACGUCCUCACGCACUUCGACGGCAACGUGCUCAACUUCGACCAGAUCGAGUGAAGCGCACAAGAGGGGCGAGCCGAGAUAUGCUGUAUGGGUAAAUGUGUGUCUUCAGCUAUUAGUUCAUUUUGAUCGGGGUUCAGUUAAGUCGUCUUAUUAAUAUACAAUCAUGAGCACUUUUUUGCAAUCUUAACAAAGGUUAGAAAGAAUGUAGUCCACUUUUGAAAGGCAAUUCAUCCUUCGGCGGUGACUCCACCGAGGUGUGUGUGAAGUAGGGUAGCUCUCACCUUAAUACAGAAUCUGUAGAAGGAUUGUUAACACUUGGGAACAGUGCCGCGGUCCUCUACGUUUUGUAUCAUUUUUAAGCUCAUCCUUCUGCUUCAACGGGCAAAAAGCACCAUCAGUAGUGCAUGCAUUUAAUCUCUGUUCAAAGUUGCAGGACCCUGGAAAACAUUUAAUGUCUCUUUUCUUUAACAACCCUGAAUAUUUCUUUCAAGUAGGAUUUAUUGUGACAAAACAGCAAACACAUGUUCAUCUUUCACUCGCCCCCAUGAUUCAAAGAGCAUGGAGAGGCAGAAGAGAUAAGAAAAAGAUUUUUGUAAGUGUAAAUGAAGAGAGUGAAAUCUUAAUAUGCGAUGUCUUAAGAAGUGUGUAUAUAUCAUCGAAGACAGGCAGCGGCGGAGAUUUUUUGACUUGAAUGGGAAGUGAUUUCUCCCAAACUACAGUCCAACUGUACGUAUGAUGAUGUUUUGCAAAGACGUCAGAUGGUUGAAACUAAAAAAACAGCACUACGUUUUCAUGUAUCUGCACUAAAUAAGGCUUUAUUCUGAAUGUACUGUACAUAUGAAAAAUGAGAAUAAGUUGUGGAGAGACCUGUGAGUUACGGUCGUGACCCCGCCUCCCCUCCUAACUGUAACCUCCCUCAUGUUUAAGUGAUGACAGAAUGACGGUAAGACGCUGGGCUGGGCGAAUAAGACUGCAGGACACUAGAGUAACACACACUUUUAUUGUUAUGUACUUCCAUGUUUUAAAAACUAGACUUGUGAAGAAAAAAAGUCAUCACUUCGUGUGCAGGUCCACAUCACGAGUGAGUGUCAUUUCUCUGUGUGUCCGCAGGGCUCCACACCUCUGCUUGACUAUUUUCCAUCAUUACAAAGUGACCCCCCCCCCCCCCCCCCCGACAGUGUCGUAUUCAGGCUUUAAAAAUUGCACAUGCCCGGUAAUCACAAGGCAAAUGUGUGUGUGUGUGUGUGUGUCAUGUGUCCACUGUAGCCCUUUCCAUGUGAGAAUGUCAGGAUGGUGUGUAUUGCAAAAGAUCUUUAUGAAUAAAGUAAGCUUGUCUAAAUGCA